AUGCGACCGAGCCAUGGCACGGACAGAGACACAUGGGGCAGGGAACACCGAGCUGGACACACACGGGAACGGGGUCCCCUCGCGAGUCGUGGGCUGGGGGGGGUACCUGACCACAGGGCUGUCGCUGCAGAGUGGAUCGAGCGCCAGCAAAACAAGAACAAGUUCUACUAUUACCACCAGAAGUUCCCCCGCGUGCCCGACCUGAGCGAGUGUCUGGAGGGCGACUACCUCUGCUUCUUCGAGGCUGAAGCACAGUGGAGGAGGGACAGGAUGGUCGAUCAGGAAAUCGUGGAGAUAGUCCGGGAGAGGCUUGGCGCAUGCAAGCACAGGGAAGGACCCAACCAGUUCCAGAACUGCGCCAAGGAGAUGGAGCUGCUGGCGCAGGUCACCAAGGCCUACCAGGACAGAUAUGGUGAUCUUGGUGUCCAUGGAAAUGCAAGGACGUGCCUGAUGAAGCAGAAGCACAGGAUGAUGGAGGAGAGGAAGGCACAGGCAAAUGCAUCUCAGUAGAUGUAAAUGGUUAGCACCUCCCUCCGUGGCACUCGUAUCGAAUACCGCAUGUUGCGUCUUUGAACUGUGAUGCUGUUGGCCUCUACAAUAAACGCACAGCCCAGACAUCUGCCAUACAACUAGAGUCUAG